CCUGGAAGCUGACGGCAGCAGAGAGACCGGAGAGACACCAGCAGAGGCGGAGGAGAGCCGAGAGGAGCAGAGAGCUGAGGCGGACCAUCAGCUGUGCUUCCCAGCCAGAUGAGCCAUCACACAGGCUGCCGCACAGCCGGCUCUGCGCUGGGGCCCCGGAGCUAGGCGCAUGCGUUUGUGCCACAAGGCUCUAAAAACUACUUCUCCUCCAUAGACUCUUUAGUUUGUAGCUUUUUUUUUUUUCCAUAUUUUUUUUUUAAUUUGCCAUCAUGGUACUGGGCAAAGUGAGGGCCUUGGCAAUCUACUUUGACAGUCUGAAUGAGAACAACCUGCCGGCGUACUCCGGUGGGGACCUGGUGUCAGGGAGGGUGGUGGUGGAGGUGACCGGGGAUGUGCGGGUCAAGAGUCUGGAUAUAACCGCAAGAGGAGUCGCCAAGGUCCGAUGGACGGAGUCUCGGAACGCCGGGGCCAACACGGCUUACACUCAGAACUACACGGAGGAGGUGGAAUAUCUCCACCACUACGACACUUUGAUAGGAGAGGAGAGAGAUGAGGACUGUCCAGAGGAAGGCCUGACUGUUCUGCAUGCAGGCUUACACGAGUUUGCGUUCAGCUUCAACCUGCCUCAGAUGGCCUUGGCCACUUCCUUUGAAGGGAAGCAUGGCAGUGUGAGGUACUGGGUGAAAGCUGAACUGCACCGUCCAUGGCUGCUCCCUGUGAAAGUCAAGAAAGAGUUCAUUGUGUUUGAACACAUCGACAUCAACACGCCGCUGCUGCUGGCCCCUCAGGCUGGUACCAAGGAGAAGACACUGUGCUGCUGGUUCUGCGCUUCAGGACCAAUCUCCCUCAGUGCCAAGAUCGAACGAAAGGGCUACACACCAGGUGAGUCUAUCCAAAUCUUUGCCGAGGUGGAGAACUGCUCGUCCCGCGUCGUGGUGCCCAAGGCAGCGCUGUACCAGACGCAAACCUUUUUUGCUAAGGGCAAGGGGAAGCAGAUCGAGCAGCUGGUGUCCAAUUUGCGAGGAGACCCUCUGCCACAGGGGAAGAGCCAGAGCUGGGAGGGCAAACUGCUCAAGAUACCUCCAGUAUCCCCUUCCAUCCUGGACUGCCCCAUCAUCAGAGUGGAGUACGCACUGGUGGUGUAUGUGGACGUUCCUGGGGGGUUGAAUUUGUCUCUCUCAUUGCCGCUGGUGAUCGGGACCAUACCUCUUCAUGCUUGCGCCACUCGUACAUCCAGUAUCAGCAGCAACUGCAGCACUUUGAACUGGCUGGGCCUGACAGAGAGACCCGAAGCACCGCCAAGCUACAGUGACCUGGCAAUAUCAGAGUCUCACAGGAGGGAUUGUCUGCAGGGCUGUGAUAGGUCCGACGAGGAGGGAGAGGAGCAGGGAUCUGUGCUAACAUACAUCACAGAGUUCAGAUAUCUGCCCCCGCCACUCUACUCAGAGGUUGACCCGUACCCUGACCCCGUGGAGGUGUGCGGGGCUUCGGAUGUCAGGAGACCUGACGCGUGCCCAUCCCGCUGAAGUGAUCUGAGCAGCUCAGAAGACUUCUGUAUGACCAGCCGGAGCUUCCUCAGCUCAGGAUCCCACCAAUGUUAGCUACAGACCCACAUAGCUGGCUUCCCUCCAGAUAAUACAUCUCCAUAAAUAAGGCGAGACCCUCCCUGACCCGGGCACGCCAGCUGUGAGAGUAUUCGGUGACUGUUGAACGUAUGGACCAGGGAUUUCAAGCCAUGCUGGAUCCUCUCUAUCCUGUCCUCUGACACCACUGUAAGACUAUGACGAGGCAAAGUGAAAACAGCACUCCCAGUGGUCAGAAGAUCCUCCUGCCUCACCAUGAGAUUUGCACAUACCGUAAUUACUGUUUUCUAUCGGUGGUUUAAUAUACUGCAGGUUUUGCAGGUUUAUAUGCUAGAUUCUGUCCAGAGAUGUAAACAAUAUUGUACUCUUUAAUCUAAAUGGCACAUUUACAACAGGACAGAAGCUCUGUUUAGUUUAAUGGUAGUUUGAGCUUGAGACUGUGGCCUAAAGGCGCCGCUGAGCUUCAGGUGGAGGUAAAGCUAACUUUGCGUGAACAAAAAUGAACUAAGAAAUUAAAAAAAAAGAAAAAAAAAGGAGCAAGCGAAAUAGCCAGAUGAAAUUUCUGGUAGUUAACUGCGGAAAUGUGUUUCAUAAACAACCACCUCGAGCACUUAAAGUAAAGCUCAACUAGUAAUGAAUGUGUUUGAGAGAGAGAAAGUAUGUGUAUGUGUGUAUGUGUGUAUGUGUGUGUGUGUGUGUAUGUGUGUGUGAAUCAGGUAUCCAGCCAGACAGGGUCUAGCAAAAAGCACAACUCCGACCAACCCUGAUUACGUACCAUAAGUCGCCUGUUGGUUUCUGCUCUGAACUAAAGCUUCUCUCGCUGUAGAUUUUUCCAGACGCAGAUAUUAAAAAGCUACCUGCUUCAGAAAAGAAUAUCAAAGUAUAAAAAGAUAAAUGUUUACAAGAUGAAUAUAUCAAAUUGAGAAUGUUGUUCAAACAUGACUUCUUCCACCUAAAAAAA